GACAGUUGAAGCGACGGGGAGGGUUGCUAGAACAAACCAAUAACUAGUCAGUGAGUUGCCGGCCCGCCCACACGAUCAUCAGUCACAGCGCCUUUUUGACUUGCUCUCCUUCCCCAUGCGCAUCUCUCACAGACUCCCCCCGAUCUCUUCGAAACACCUCUUGCCAGACCGUGGGCUCGUCAUAAGUCCUUCUCGCGCAUUCUCCCCGCUAAGUCCGGCGUACCAUUUCUCCAGCUCGGUCAGAAAAAUGUCUUCCACACCAGCGACCUCCGAUCCUUUCCGCCCUGCAAAAAGGGUUGCUGGUCAGCGGAAAGAUGUUUGGUCAAUUGCCCGCGAAGCCGCCAAUGCGUCCCCUGUUCAACCUGUCGUGAACAUGGGACAAGGUUUCUUUGGCUAUAAUCCCCCUGAAUUUAUCCUUAAUGCUGCGAAAAAUGAGCUUGACAAAGUGGUAUCGAACCAAUAUGCGCCAACAAAAGGGAACCCACGGCUGAAGCAGGCCAUUGCCACCGCUUACUCUCCCUUCUUUGGCAAAAAGAUUGAUCCAGAGAGCGAAGUGGUGAUUACCAGCGGAGCAAACGAAGGCAUGCUCAGCGCGUUUAUGGGUUUUGUGGAACCGGGUGAUGAAGUCAUCAUCUUCGAACCGUUUUUCGACCAAUAUAUUAGCAACAUUGAAAUGCCAGGGGGUACUAUUAGAUACGUGCCCUUACAUCCACCGAAAGAUGGCUCAAAGAGGAAAACAAAGGCAUCCGAAUGGUCCAUCGAUUUCGAUGAGCUCGAAAAGACUUUCAACGAGAAAACUAGGAUGAUAGUCCUGUCUCGCGAAGAACUCGAGAGGAUUGCCGCCCUUUGCAUCAAGUACAACACAAUUAUUGUCUCUGAUGAGGUGUACGACCGGCUCUACUACGUGCCGUUUACCCGCAUCGCAACUCUUUCACCCCAAGUUGCCGAGCGCACCCUCACUGUGGGCUCUGCGGGCAAAAAUUUCUACGCGACUGGCUGGCGUGUAGGGUAUCUCAUUGGACCCGAGCACCUCAUUAAAUACGUCGCCGCUGCACAUACGCGAAUCUGUUACAGCAGCGUUGCUCCCCUCCAAGCAGCAGCCGCCAUUGGGUUUGAGGAGGCGGACAAGGUUGGCUUCUGGGACCAAAGCAGGCAAGAAAUGCGUGGGAAGAUAGAGAGAUUCUGUGAAGUCUUUGAUGAGUUGAACAUUCCGUAUACGGACCCAGACGGCGGAUACUUUGUGCUGGCGAACAUGGCUUCUGUGAAAAUCCCAGAGAAUUAUUCGUUCCCACCACACAUUGAAAGCCGGCCCCGGGACUUUAAAUUGUUCUGGUUCCUAGCAAUGGAGGUCGGCGUGGGGACCAUCCCACCCACGGAAUUCUACACAGAUGCCAAUGCGCACAUUGGAGAAGACUGGAUCCGAUUCUCGAUUUGCAAGCCGGAUGAGGAUCUGGAAGAGGCCAAGAAGCGAUUGCGAGGAUUGCAGAAGUACAUUGUUCGAUAAAUUGUGCAAUGUUUAGAUUCUUUUCAACAAGGGAUACACAUUGUGAUAAGAGGUGCUUUGUGAUAAAGCCUUUGAGCAUUGUUCAUGUAUCUAGCAUUGACAGUGAAUGAUUAGUCUG